ACUGCCUCUGUCGCUUCAGACUAGUGGAAGUCCAGGUUCCCCCGCGGAAGCCACAAUGUCUGACUGCAGGAGGCAGUGGAACCGCGAGGAUGAGCUGCCGGUCUACCUGGCGGGGCCGAUCAGCACCGGACCGAACCAGAGGAAAACCUACGGCAUGUUCAGCUCCGUGGAGGGGGCGUUUGAAAGCAAGACCAUAGACUUCGAGAACUAUGCGGUGGGGAGGAAAGGGAGUCGCACUCCUCGCAGUGGGAGCCGGGAGAGGCUCCUGGACGCCGGUGACCCCGCGGGGAAGCCGCCCGGCGAGGCCGCACAUCAGGACUCACACAGCAACUCUCCUGAGGAGCCGGACGAUGCGCAGACCGGCGACGAGGUCAGAUUUCCAUCGGAUAACGAUAGUCCAAAUGGAAAGAGUGAAAAGCUGCUGAUCAAAGGGGGGCGAGUGGUCAAUGAUGACCGGUCUUUCUAUGGAGAUGUUUUCAUCGAGGAUGGACUCAUCAAGCAGGUGGGGGAGAACUUGGUCGUUCCAGGGGGGGUCAAGGUGAUCGAGGCCAAAGGCCGCAUGAUUAUACCGGGAGGGAUCGACGUCAACACGUGCCUGAUGAAGCCCUUCAUGGGCAUGCAGCCUGUUGAUGAUUUUCUCCAGGGCACCAGGGCUGCACUUGCUGGGGGCACCACAAUGAUCAUUGAUCAUGUGGCCCCUCAGCCUGGAGACAGUCUGCUGGAGGCGUUUGAGCACUGGCAGGAGGCUGCAGAUAAGAAGGCCUGCUGUGAUUACUCUCUGCACGUAGACAUCCCCCAGUGGGACGAAAAUGUGAAAGAUGAGCUGGAGCAGUUGGUGCAGGACAAAGGUGUCAACUCCUUUCAAGUGUACAUGGCUUACAAAGAUUUGUUCCAGAUGACAGAUUCUCAGUUGUAUGAGGCGUUCUCCUUCCUGAAGCAGCUGGGUGCUGUGGUGUUAGUUCAUGCAGAAAACGGAGACCUGAUUGCUCAGGAACAGAAAAAAAUUCUUGAAAUGGGAAUUACCGGCCCCGAAGGCCACCCUCUGAGCCGUCCUGAAGAGUUGGAGGCCGAGGCCGUGUUCCGCGCCAUCACCCUCGGUAACCGUGUGAACUGCCCCGUCUACAUCACGAAGGUGAUGAGCAAGAGUGCGGCCGACACCAUCGCUCAGGCCCGAAGGAAAGGUUCUGUGGUUUUUGGAGAGCCUAUCACAGCUAGCUUGGCAGCUGACGGCUCCAAUUACUGGAGCAAAAACUGGGCCAAGGCGGCGGCUUACGUGACCUCUCCGCCUUUGAGUCCUGACCCCACAACGCCAGACCAUCUCCACACGAUGCUGGCCUGCGGGGAUCUCCAGGUAGUGGGCAGCUCUCACAGCGCGUACAGCAUUUCCCAGAAGGCAAUAGGAAAAGAUGACUUCACUUUGAUCCCAGAGGGAACCAACGGGGUGGAGGAGAGGAUGGGAUUUGUCUGGGACAAGGCCGUGGCUAUGGGGAAGAUGGAUGAGAACCAGUUUGUGGCCGUGACUUCAACCAACGCCGCUAAAAUCUUCAAUCUGUAUCCACGGAAGGGGCGCAUAGCUGUCGGCUCCGACGCCGACGUCGUCAUCUGGGACCCCGACAGUGUCAAAACCAUCACUGCCAAACUUCAGCAGUCGGCUGCGGAAUAUAACAUCUUUGAGGGUCUGGAGUGCCGCGGCGGUCCGGCGCUUGUGCUGAGUCAAGGUCAGAUAGUGUACGAGGGGGGCAAGCUUCAGGUGCAGCAGGGCGCCGGCCGAUUCAUCCCACGCAAGCCCUUCCCGGACUACGCCUACCAGCGUAUCAAGUUCAGGAAUCAGGUAAAGGCCAAGCAAGCAGUCGCUCGUGGGGUGUACGACGGUCCGGUGCAUGACUACACCCCGAUGCCCAAAUACAUCACCCCUGCUCCGUCAGCCAAAACCUCACCCACCUCUCACCAGCCUGCGCCCAUCCGCAAUCUCCACCAGUCCAACUUCAGCCUUUCAGGCGCACAGCUCGACGACAACAUCCCUCGCAGGUCCGGCCACCGCAUCGUGGCGCCCCCUGGUGGUCGCUCCAACAUCACCAGCCUGGGCUAAACGCCCCACCGUGCAGCGAGUGUUGCUGGAGUGGGCUUUCACCUGAAGUGUGCGAGUGUGUGCGUAUGACUGAGAGUGUGCGCAAAUCGGCACGAAUGGAUAUCUAUCUAUCUGAGGGUCAGUAUUUAUUAGUUUUGAAUGGUCAUUCUGGCAAAGCACAUGAAUAUUUUAAAGAAAAGCGUGAUUCACAAUCAUUUGUCACUCAGAACUCUGAAAUCUCACUGUCAGAUCACACUUAUGCACACGCACACAGAUCUGGUGUUCGCCCCCCCCUUCCUUCCACACAUCCUUAUGCACUCUUCCUGUUUUGUUUUGUUUUUCUCUCCUCUUGAGCAUGACUCCCUACUCGCUCCUCACCUUCCACUUUUUAUUGUGUGGGUCUGCUCAGACACGGUGCUCCUUCUCUGCCCUCCAAUGGACAAAUGAAGAAAUAACUUUAUUUUUUUGUUUCAUUCCAAUUCUCGCAGUAUGUGCAGUAUUUCAAUGUUACUGAAAUUCAUCAGUUAUACAUAUUGCAUGGAUACGUUUUCACAUGUUGCACUACUCGUGUUUGAUCGUUGCAAUAAGUCGAGCACUUAAAAAUGUACUCAAAGCACAUCUGUAUUCAAAGGGCACAAUAGUAAUUCUAAAUUAUGAGAGUGAAAUUCACCAUGGAUAGGGAGAACUGUUACCAAAUUCAAAACUGUUUCACUGUAGAUCCAGCUGAAGCAAUGUGAUUCUCCUCCACUAGAUACUAUAUGCAAAUGCAUCAAUGCUUUCCUAUGAGGUAUGAAAGUAGAUGGGUAGCUGAAGAAAGACAACGGUAGGAUUUAGUUUUAGACUGAUGUAUGGCAUAACCGGCUUUCCUGGCGUGCACUCCCCAUGUGUGUCAUCGUCUUUUUGCCAAUCACUGUUGCCAGAAAUAGAGCUUGUAUCUUGUCAUGCAAUGGCAUUUUGAACUCUGCUGUAAAAGAGCCCCAGCUCCAACCACAGCUCAUUAAAACUUGACUUUUACAAUGUUUUAAACCUUUUUUUUUUUGCUAUACGUUGAAAUGUGUUGAUUGUUGGUGUUGUAUCUGGUAUGCUACAUUUAGUGUUACUAUGCUGCGCUGCUUCUCUUGCAGUUGUCUGGUGUCUCCACUGAAACCAGUUAUAAUUAAUAAAGACUUGACUAUCAAACAGUGAUG